AUGGCAUGGGGUAUUGGCGCGAAUGAUGUCGCUAACGCGUUUGCCACUUCUGUUGGCGCUGGUUCUCUCUCUUUGAAAUGGGCAUGUGUGAUUGCCGCCGUUAUGGAAUUCCUUGGUGCCUUCCUUAUGGGUGGCUCAGUUACUGAUACCGUCCGUAAGAAGAUUAUUGACACUGAUGUGUUCGAUCCCGUCAGCGAUGAAGGUGCCGCCAAUGGUCCCGAGCUUCUCAUGACUGGUUUCCUCGUCGCGCUUUUGGCCUCUACUACAUGGUUGAUCAUCGCGACUUACCUCUCUCUCCCUGUCUCCACGACUCAUUCCGUCAUCGGUUCUCUGAUCGGUGUUGGUCUGGCCUUCCGUGGCGGGUCUGCCGUCGUCUGGAUCUCCGAAGGCAGUGGUUUCUCCAAGCUCAAGGGUGUGGUCGGCGUAGUGCUGUCGUGGGUCAUUUCCCCAGUGCUCUCGGCCGUCUUCGCUAUUAUCAUGUUCUUGCUUGUGCGUACUCUUGUCCUCCGCCGCCCAGAACCAUUCAAGGCCGGGCUCAUGUUCAUGCCGCUCUUUUACGGUUUCACGAUCGCCGUCACCAUUUUCUUCAUCAUCUACAAAGGUGACAAGCGUUUCUCCCUCUCUAAGAAGCUUUCCGUCGGUGUUGCUAUUGGUAUUGCUAUCGGUGGAGGUGCCGUCAUCGCUAUUUUGUCCUGGUUCUUGAUUGUUCCCCUAGCCAAGAAAAAUGUCGAUGAGGAUGUUGUGCGCAUGCACGGAAACGUUGAGGUGUUUGACUUGAAGACUGAGCGCCUCUUCAGUUGGAUCCAAGUUUUCACUGCUGCCUUUGAUGCCUUUGCUCAUGGCGCCAAUGAUGUCGCCAACGCCAUCGCCCCGUUUUCAUCCAUCUACCAGCUUUAUCGGAACAAUGGGCAAAUCUCGAAGCAGCCUGUCCCUCUCUGGAUUCUUGCCCUUGGUGGUGUCGGGAUCGUCGCUGGCCUCGCCAUGUGGGGAUACCGCAUCAUCAUUGCCAUCGGUGUCAAAUUAACCAAGCUCACUCCCGCUCGUGGUUUCUCCAUUGAAAUCGGUGCCGCCAUUACUGUGAUUAUCGCCUCCCGUAUCGGUCUCCCAGUGUCCACCACUCAUUGCCAGGUUGGUGCUACAAUGGGUGUCGGGCUCAUUGAAUUCAAGAAAUCCACUGUGAACUGGAAACAAUUUCUCUUCAUCUGCAUCGGUUGGGUGUUCACUGUCAUCUUCACUGGCUUCUUGUCGGCUGGCCUCUUCGCCACGCUCACUUACUCGCCGUCCAACUUUAGGGUACCGCAGGGCGACCUCAACUAUUGCCCGGGCAACCGCCUCUUCCAGUUUAACGAGGAAUCAAAUGAAUUCCAGGGUAUUGGGUGCUCCGGGUUUUAA